GAGCGAUUUCUGAACGAUACGAGAGAUCGAGAUUUAAGUUUGACAAGAUGUCCGAAAAUUGAAGGAUAUUAAAGUGGAAAUUUUUAAUCAGCUAGAGAUCCAAUAUUGUUUAUUAAAUCUGCAUUGUUGUGUUUACUGUCGAAUUUUUAGAUCCAUUCGAAAUUAAGAUUAGGCACAGCGAAUUCUCUAAGUCCAAGCUGAAACCGUUUCUUUCUCCUCAAUGAAACCCGUUCUGUCAUGUCUUACACUGAAUUGGAACAUGGUUAUCAGGGUCUACGGAGUGCCAGCCGACCAAUUUUCUACGUAGGGGAUUUAAAUACUGUACAACCAACCCUUGUGGGUCCUGUAGCUUCUUCUAUAUAUCGUUCAUCAAAAAGAGCCGAACUGUCGGACGGGUGUAGCAAUGAUGAUGGAUGCAUGGGUGGAAGCGAUUUGGAAGGAGAAGGGAAGCAAGUUUUGGUUGGAAUCUGUGCGAUGGCAAAAAAAUCACAAAGUAAACCAAUGAAGGAAAUUUUAACAAGAUUGGAAGAAUUUGAGUACAUUAAAAUAGUAGUAUUUCCUGAAGAAGUUAUUUUAAAGGAGUCUGUAGAAGAUUGGCCAAUUGUUGAUUGUUUAAUAAGCUUCCAUAGUAAAGGCUUUCCCCUUGAUAAAGCUAUAAAUUAUGCUAAUCUUAGAAAUCCUUUUAUCAUCAAUAAUUUGCCCAUGCAAUAUGACAUUCAGGAUCGUAGGAGAGUUUAUGCCAUCUUAGAGAGUGAAGGUAUUGAAAUCCCAAGAUAUGCUGUCCUGGAUAGAGACUCGUCUGAUCCAAAACAUCAUGAACUAGUAGAAUCAGAAGAUCAUGUCGAAGUUAAUGGUGUUACAUUCAACAAACCGUUUGUGGAAAAACCAGUAUCUGCAGAGGAUCAUAAUAUUUACAUUUAUUAUCCUACAUCUGCAGGUGGAGGCAGUCAAAGAUUAUUUAGGAAGAUUGGAAGUCGUAGUAGUGUAUAUUCACCAGAAUCUCGAGUUCGUAAAACAGGUUCUUACAUAUACGAAGAUUUUAUGCCAACCGACGGUACAGACGUUAAGGUUUAUACCGUGGGUCCAGAUUAUGCUCACGCAGAGGCAAGAAAAAGCCCUGCAUUGGAUGGUAAAGUCGAAAGAGAUUCAGAAGGAAAAGAAAUUCGCUAUCCGGUUAUACUAAGUAAUGCUGAAAAGUUAAUUAGUAGAAAAGUGUGCUUAGCUUUUAAACAAACAGUUUGUGGUUUUGAUUUACUUAGGGCAAACGGGCAGUCAUUUGUGUGCGACGUAAAUGGGUUUAGUUUUGUAAAGAAUUCUAACAAAUAUUAUGAUGACUGCGCAAAGAUUUUGGGAAAUAUGAUUUUAAGAGAAUUGGCACCCACUUUACAUAUACCAUGGAGCGUUCCUUUUCAAUUGGACGAUCCGCCUAUUGUGCCUACUACAUUUGGAAAAAUGAUGGAAUUACGAUGUGUAGUUGCUGUUAUAAGGCAUGGAGAUCGAACGCCAAAACAGAAAAUGAAAGUAGAAGUUCGUCACCCGAAAUUUUUCGAGAUAUUCGCAAAAUACGACGGCUACAAGCAUGGUCAUAUUAAAUUAAAGAGGCCUAAGCAAUUGCAAGAAAUAUUGGAUACCGCACGUAGUUUAUUGGCUGAAAUACAACAUCGUGCUGCUGGACCUGAAUUGGAAGAAAAACAAGGAAAAUUAGAACAAUUGAAAAGCGUCUUAGAAAUGUACGGUCAUUUCUCAGGGAUAAAUCGCAAGGUACAAAUGAAAUAUCAACCAAGAGGCCGACCAAGAGGGAGUUCAUCAGAUGAUGAUCGACUUGGAGAACCUUCCCUUGUAUUGAUAUUAAAAUGGGGUGGAGAACUAACACCAGCCGGCCGUAUUCAGGCAGAGGAGUUAGGAAGAAUAUUUCGCUGCAUGUAUCCUGGUGGUCAAGGUAGACACCUUAGUGAGGAAGACUCAGAGAUGUUACCAAACCACGGUGAUUAUGCUGGUGCACAAGGUUUAGGGUUACUUAGACUUCAUUCAACAUUUCGACAUGACUUAAAGAUCUAUGCAAGUGAUGAAGGAAGAGUUCAAAUGACAGCAGCAGCCUUCGCAAAAGGUUUACUCGCAUUAGAGGGUGAAUUAACGCCAAUAUUAGUGCAGAUGGUGAAGAGUGCUAAUACUAAUGGUCUAUUGGACAACGAUUGCGAUAGUAGUAAAUACCAAAAUAUGGUAAAAACACGACUUCAUGAAUUAUUACAACAAGACCGAGAAUUUACGUGUGAAGACAGAGAACAGAUAAAUCCUGGUAACGCACUGAGCAUUAACGCAGCCAUGGAUUUUGUUAAAAAUCCUGUUCGUUGCUGCCAGCAUGUUCAUACUUUGAUUCAAAAAUUAAUGGACAUUGUUCGUAUUAAGAAAGAUGAUCCUAAAACUAAAGAUGCAAUUCUUUAUCAUGGUGAAACGUGGGAAUUAAUGGGUCGUCGAUGGGGAAAGAUUGAGAAGGAUUUCUGUACCAAAAAUAAGAGGUUCGAUAUAUCGAAAAUCCCGGAUAUUUAUGAUUGUAUAAAGUAUGAUUUACAACAUAACAACCAUACGUUACAAUUCGAACACGCGGAGGAAUUGUACAUUUAUUCUAAGUAUCUGGCAGAUAUAGUGAUACCACAGGAAUAUGGAUUAACAGUGCAAGAGAAGCUCACCAUAGGCCAAGGUAUUUGCACUCCUCUAUUAAAAAAGAUAAGAGCAGAUUUGCAGAGAAAUAUCGAAGAAACUGGAGAAGAAACAGUUAAUAGACUCAAUCCGAGAUACUCCCAUGGAGUUUCUAGUCCCGGUCGGCAUGUACGCACAAGACUUUACUUUACAAGUGAAAGCCACGUACAUUCUUUGUUGACUGUUUUACGUUAUGGUGGUUUACUUGAUGUAAUGAAAGAUGAACAAUGGCGUCGAGCUAUGGAGUAUGUUAGUAUGGUUUCGGAAUUAAAUUACAUGUCUCAAAUUGUAGUUAUGUUGUACGAAGAUCCAACUAAAGAUCCUAGCAGCGAAGAACGUUUUCACGUUGAAUUGCAUUUCAGUCCUGGUGUAAAUUGUUGUGUGCAAAAGAAUUUACCACCAGGACCAGGUUUUAGACCCCAUUCACGCAAUGAGAGUAGCCAUAAUGUAGGUGAAAGUGGUGGUUCUGCUCAAGAUACCAUUUCACAAUGUAGCACCCGAAUAGAGGAAGAAGAUGUAGAGAUGGGAAUUUUGGAAGACGAUUUUAUGAAUCCACCAUUGCAAUCUGAAACACCUCCACGAACAAUGGAAACAGAUACUGUAGAUGCAAUGAUAGAUAGUCCAACAACCAGUAGAGGAGUUGAUAUGAUGGACUUACAUCCUAACAUGAUGGAUGAACCAUUUGAUAGUGGCUUUUUGCAGAGUUCUGCGCCCAUUCCAAUAAGUGCUAGAACCGUAGCUGGUCAUGAAGCAGCAAGACUUGGUAGUCAAUUAGCUGCAAGUCAACGUCAACGACGUGAUGCAGAAAGAGGCACAAUUGUUGAACCACGUGCUCGCAGUUAUGAUCAUCAAAGACAGGACAAGCCCGAGAAAGCUGCGGACAAGCUGCAGUAUCAGAGCUUGGACGCGGUCAACAAAGAAGAGAAGCAUGUAACAGAGCAACGUUACUUAGAGAGAUCUGGCCAGGUUUUGUUGAACGUGCCAACGGAAAAAUUCAGUCUGCCACACUCCUUUAGUUCACCGGAGUUUCCAGUUCCUUCGAUAAAAACCUCCACUUUGAGAUCGACACCCUUGGUGACUUUGCACACAUCUCCUCUAAUCUCACCGAACAGCCGGAGCUCUGAUGUGACGGAUAUCGUGUUACCAAUCCCCACGAUUCGUUCUUCGUUUUUCAAUAUCGAUCUCGAACAGUCUUACGAUUUCAAUCCACCUACUCAGAGUAAGAAAUACGGACGUUCUCAUUCAGAGACGAUUCUUCCUGGGAUUGAGCGUAGCGACACACGACCUUCGAUCAUUCAACCUGACCCUACCUGCACAGCAAGGCGCCACCGUCACAGUAUCUCCGGACAGAUGAGUUAUUUCAAGCUGUUGGGCUACAACGUCAACAAAAAAUUGACUGGAUCAGCAAACAGUUUGUUCAGCACAGCUGUUAUCAGUGGAUCCUCCAGUGCGCCAAAUCUCAAGGAUAUGGUACCACCUCAUGCCUCUGCUGUUGCUGCAAUAGAAGGUUUUGGUGGUGUACCGCCAAUAAGACCUUUAGAAACUCUUCACAAUGCAUUGUCAUUACGUCAAUUGGAUUCCUUUUUGGAAAUGAUGACCAGUGCGCCUCUGUUUCGAACACCCGCCUCUUCGCCUCCAAAGUAUCCUUCACCUGGUGGAUCAACCCACGAAUCGGUUAACCAAAAUAUCAAUAUUGGAGGAGUCAGUCGCGAGUACCACUCUUCCGACCUGGAAGCUGUCAGGUACCGUAAGAAAUUAAGUAAACCAUCCUUAGAUGCAGACAUUGAUUCUCUUCUUAGGUACAUCACGCCAACGCCCAUACAGUAUAAACCUUCGAACGAUGGAGAAUCUUGUGAUAUAAGAAAUCAAUUGUCACCAACCAGCCCUAAUAGUACUGGAUGGAGCAGUGAACCACAAUCAUUUCUCUCUUCUGAACCUUCAUCUCCUGCACCGACUUCAACAGGAGAAUGCAGUAUGUCUAUAAGCUUAAUCAGCAAUGACGGUGCUCAAUCGUUUAAUGUGGGUCCUAAAUUUUCUACAACUCCCUGCUUGGAUGUGGAUUUUAACGAAUUUUGUAUAAAUAUCGAUCAAGAGCAUAGAGAAGGUCGUGGUAGUGUAUCAUAUACAGAUUAUUAUAGCAAUGAAGAUGGUCAAAUACGAAACUGUAGUUUCGGAGCAGGCUUCAAUUCUAAUUUACAAAAGAUCAUGCGUACUGAUGAUCUUCCGGUUGAUAAUAUGGAUGAUGAUGAGGACCAUACUAUAACUUUAAAACAAACUGAAGAGCAGAAAAAGCAAGAUGUGAAACAAAUAUUUGAACAGAAGGAAUAUCCAAGCACAAAAUCUAGUAGUAGCUAUAAGAAAAUUGGAAGAUUCCUUGUUGAAAGCAAGGAAAUAUCAGACGAAGACGUCAGGAUUAAAGAAGCAGAUAAUAUAGACAAGUCAAAAUCACCUGCUUCUAUGAAAACUGAAUCUUUUAAUAUAGAAAAAACACAAAAAAGCAAAGAUGGUAUUGAUGUUAUGCAAGAGCAACAGAAGAAGAAAAAUUUUUUUCGAUCUCAGAGUGUUUCUAUGCCAAAAACUCCUACACAGAAGCAAGAAUCAAAUUACAGCUACAAAUGUACUUCAAAGAUAAGCUCUCUUUCAAAUAUGUCAGAUAAAGAUUUGGAGAAUUGGAAGCAGAGCAUGAUGGAAUCAAAAGAUCCUUGCACCAUAGAAAUGAAGGCAGAGGAGCCAAUUCUGACUGUAGCAAGUAGCAUGACAGGUAAUUCUAGCGUGACAAUAGGUUUUAAUGUUCAAGAUGAAAAAAAAGAACCUGAUCUUUAAGAGUAUUACUUUUUCAAAGAUUACCAGAGUUAUUUUAUUUAUUAAGUCCAUUUCCUUAAUAUAACGAAUAAGAUACUGCAUAUAAAAUUGUUGAAACGUUUAUUGUUAUGAACAAAUCAAAAUUUGUAUUGCAUGAGUUAAAUACGGGAUACAUUGAUAAAAUUUUAUGAAAAGAAAAUUUUUUGCAUUUUGUUUUCUGGCACAAAAUUGUAUACAUUUUUUGGUAUUCUAUUUUUUUACAUUCGUUAAGAUUGUUAUGAAUAUUUAAGGCAUGCAUAACAUGAUAAAGGUGCAAAAAUUAAGAAAUUUUUCCAAUAUGUGAACAUACUGGAGUAUUAUUUUAAAAAGACGAGUUAAGAAUUGCUUAUUAAGAGGAAAUAUUAUUAAAGUCAAAGCAACGUUAAUAGCAUUUCUCUAUGUUAAUAAUGUACUUAUCAGAUUGUAUGUAUAUUAAAUUAUUUUUGAAUUGACGCUUGUAUGUAAUGGUAUAAUAGUAUUUUUGUAGAUAAUAUAUGUCCAAUGUUAAUAAUGUGUUAGAUUAUAAGGCAAAAUGAAUUUGAGUCAAGAAGAGAAAAGCAUUAGGAAUUUGCCUCAAGAAAAUAUUUGGCAUAUACAAAUUACGAGAUUUUUAAUAAUCGAAUAUGAAACAUAUGUAGAUCUUCUAUGACUCAACAAGUUCAAAAUAUACCUCAUUUGCUAAACUCAAUACAUGAGAGGAAAAAGGUUUAAAAUUUCCUUUCAUAUUAAAUGGUAUUAUUCUUCUUUGAUCUUAUAAACAUAGUAUUACUAAUACAAAUAACACAUGACAUGUACUUCUCAUGAAAUUGUUUCUUUAGACCCAAGAGCAAAUACCUUAUAUAUUUAUUCAAAAGUACCACUAUUAGACUUCAAUAUUAAUUUUUGUUUUAUUUUACGGGGAUGUAAUAUAAAAUUAUUACCAGAAAAUUUCUAUGAAUAUACAAAUGCUAUGAAUUAUCAAACAUUAACUCAAAUUACAAUAAUUAAACAAUAAUUUCUCUAUAACAAAAUAUGCUCAUUUCAAGAAUUGAUGUAAAUGCCUUACAGAUUAAUCUGAUAGUGGAUAUAUGCUACCUUUCUUAUAAGUGGUUUUAGAAUGUUUCUUAUUAAAAAGCUAUACAAGCUAAAGUUAUAUAAAUAUAAAUGUGGUUUUAUAUCAAUUCCAAAUGUGCAAGGUGCUAUUUUCAAUCAAUCUUAUUAUGUUCCUAACUGAUUUUAUAGUUCUAACAUUAGCAAUAAAACCAUCACACAUAUGGCUAUAGAGGAUGUACUCGUUUAACUUUAUCACAUAAACUAUUUAUUUCAUUUUGGAAAGAUUAGGAAUUUAUUCUUUAUUUCUUUUUUCAAUUUUUUCUGCCUUUGCGUAGAUAAUAUUUCUAAUUUACCAAUAAAUGAAUUAAUUUCAAAAUCUUUUAGGAAGAAUGUAUGAAAUCAUGUUUAAUAUCCUUGUAACAAUAUUAUUUAUAGUGAUAAAGUUAAAAGGCUUAUACUUCGUGAUUCUUGCAAAUAUAAAUUAGCUGAUUUUUGUAGAUGUGAUUCAUUUUAUGACAUUUUAGAAACCAUAUUGUGCAAAAUGUACUUUAGUGAAGAAACGUUUCUAUAUAUAUAAAUAUGUUUUAGUAGAUAGAUACAGUUACAGAAUUAAGCAUUCACUAAUUUGUAGAGAAUUUGGAAGGUGUUGUAAAGAAAUAGUUGUGGUAGGAUAUUUUAAGUACCUUUUGCUUAACAUAUAUAAUUUUCUUUCGAUAUAUACAAAAUUUUGUUCUAAAGUAAAGCAUUCAUUAUUGUACAAAAAAAAAAGUUAAUGUUAAAUAUUUUAUCCUGAGGUCUCUAUCAUCGGUACCAGUGCAAUGAUACAAUUAUUAGUGACAUAUUCAUUGACACCAUCAUAGUUGUAAAAAAAGAAAUGUAAAACAUAAAUGUAUAUGUAAGAAAUGACAGAUUACAAUAAAAAAUGUUAAAAAUGGAA